AUGAACACAAAAACUCACAGUCUCGCACUAUUCCUACACCCGAUGUGCCGAAAACUUGCAAUUUUGCAAGCUAUAAAUGGACGUUCAUUCAAGUUUAUGGUGGAGGUAGCUCUCCACAUUGCUAAACAGUGGCGAUGGAGCGAACAGCUCGCAAAAAUGCUCGUUGCUGACUUAAAAGAUUAUCACAAAUCCUCAGGUGUAUUUUCUGGAGGGCAAACCGAUGUACUCGAUUGGUGGGAAACCCUCCCUGUCAGUGCCGAGCGCUGUCCGUUGAAGGCAUUCGCAGUCAUAAUCCACUUGAUCGUACCUCAUGCUGCCAACGUCGAGCAUUAUUUCUCGGGUCUGGGUGGGGUUCAAUCUGUGAAGCGCUGCAACCUAUCAGUUCAGACUUUCGGGUCUCUUAGCAAACUCUGGGCAAGCUAUGCAAAUUUCUUACACAAGGUGGAUCACGAAGCCGGCAAGCCCACACAUCGAAAACACACCCAUAUGCACACUCGGCCAGAGCACGGACUCGACACAGCCUUGGCAGACGAACUUCAAAGGUCUUUUGCAUGGGUGCCUCCACUUGCUGGUGCCUCUCACAACUCAGACAACAAAUUUCUUGCAGGUCCGGAGUCAAUUACAUAUGAGGAGUUGCUCGAAGAAUUUGACAGGUUUGAAAACAAGAUGCUGGAGUCACGAGGCUCGCAAGAAGGUACUGGCGAAGUCCCAGAUAUUUUCAAGGGAGAUAUUAUUGAUUGGAGUGAGCUGGAGAAGGUCGAUAAAGGAAUCACACCUACAGGGGUUGUCGAAGAGAUUGAUGUGGUUGCCCGUGGGUCACAAGGCAUGGAGCCAGGCUGGAACAUCAAUGUACUGUUGACGUCAGAGGGUGUAGCGCAAUAG